UUCCCUCUGUAUUUUUCAGUCUAUUUUUGCACCAAAUAAAUACAUAUGUCCAAGAUCUAAAACAGAUAAAAAAUCUAAAAAUCCGACUCACGAUGAGGCUAGAGGUCGGCAAAACCUUGUCUGAGGGUCCUGAAUGUGGGAUUCCUUCUAAAAAAUUUUUAGAAAUUUUUUGUCCACCUCCAGCAUUGAGUCCCAUCAAUUUGUUGGAUGUGAACGGGAUCCUGCGGGAUAACCCCCGAAAAAUCCGGCGCUGUAUUCCGUCCCGCACCGACUUCUAAACCAAAUUUCACCCUAAUUCCAAAACCGAAAACCCCUCAAGUAAAGUCUUGAGUCGGGAUCCCGCGGGAUAACCCCCGCAAAAUCCAGCGCGGAAUCCUGUCCCGCACCGACUUCUAAACCAAAUUUCACCUCAAUACCAAAACCGAAAAACCCCUUCAGAAAAGUGAGUCUUUGCCCAAGACCACUAAUCUUGAACAUUAUUUUCCACAUUUUAAGCCUUUUAUUUUUUGUUUGUUAAGCACCAAAAAUUAUCGGAAACACUUGAACUUUGAUUUCAUUUAUUUUAGCUUCCACAUAGACAGACGCUCUUCUCAAUUUUUAAUCCUUUUGUUUAAAAUUAAAUUUCUUAGACUAUUUAACAAUUUAAUUUAACAAUUUUUAAACCAAACAGAUUAUUUAAAAAAAAAGAAAGAAAAAAAUGUCUCCAGUUCAUAGUCCCAUUCUUAAUUUAACACAAAUGCAGCUUUCUUUUGCUGGGUGUGGAUUUCUCUGUAUUUACCAUGCGGGGGUUUGUGCUGCUAUUAAAGAAUACGCCCCACAACUAACUCUUAAUCGGAUAAAAGGAGCUUCCGCAGGUGCAAUUGCAGCUGCUGGUUUAGUUUGUAAUGUGUGUAUGUCACACGCAACCAGUACAAUUUUGCAAAUUGUUACUGAGGCGCGUGCUGGUUCUUUACUUGCACUUUCUCCCAAUUUUGAUGUUCUUGCACUUGUUCGACAAGGACUUGAACAAACAUUACCAGAAAAUGCCCAUAUUCUCUGUACUGGUCGACUUUUUAUUUCCGCUACACGGGCACGGGAUUACAAAAAUGCGCUUAUUUCUGAAUUUGUCUCUCGUGAGGAGUUGAUAGAAGCACUUUUGUGUUCUUGUUUCAUCCCUUUUUAUUGUGGAAGAACUCCGCCAACAUACCGAGGAGAGCAGUAUAUUGAUGGGGCUUUUUCGGAUAAUCAGCCAGGAAAGUGGGAGCCUGGCACUAUUACGGUGAGCCCAUUCAGUGGUGAAUCCGACAUUUGCCCGACUGAUGAGGAUAGUGCAAGGCAAGUUUAGAAAACUUCAC